UACGAACAACACACCUCGACAUCACCAAUACAUAUCGUCUAUCCAGGAGAACUGACAUCCCUUCCUUCAACCAACUUGAUCAUCAUGGCCUACCAAAAAUCACAACCGCGUUACGGACACUGCGACUCGUACUUUGUCGAGUCUCAAGAAGACGGCAUUUACGCUGCUAGAGCAGAGGCGAGGGAACGCGCACGAGCAAUUGCUCGUAUGCAGCAGCGUGCAAUCGCAGAGGAGUUGUCAAGAUUGACUGCCGAUGAGUAUCAAGAGGACGUCCUAGCCCAUAUGGAGUACAUGGAGACUCAAACUCUCCCCGAUGUGAACUCCAUUGACAUUCAGACGGAGAUUCAAUGGUUCAUGCGCCCAUAUCUCCUUGACUUCCUCGUCGAAGCUCACGCCGCAUUCCAAUUGCUCCCCGAGACUCUCUUCCUCGCCGUCAAUCUCCUGGACCGUUAUUGCUCACGCCGUGUUGUGUACAAGCGCCAUUAUCAGUUGGUCGGUUGUGCUGCUCUCCUCAUCGCCGCCAAGUAUGGUGACAAGAAGGAUCGUGUGCCCACUGUCCGCGAGCUCAAGUCCAUGUGUUGUUCGCUUUACGACGAUGAAAUGUUCACACAGAUGGAGUGGCAUGUUCUGCAGACCUUGAACUGGAUCAUCGGACACCCGACUAUCGAUGGCUUCCUGCAAAUGGCUCUCUUGGAAGGCCCCUGCGAUCCCGAGGUCGAACACAUGACUUUGUACAUUGCCGAGAUCGCUUUGUUCCACAAGGAAUUUGUUUCUACCAAGCCCUCUGUUCUUGCAAAGUCCGCUCUCGCGCUUGCAAGGUGUAUAUUGUCCCGCAACCAACAGAGCACCUCUGACUGGUCUGGCGCUUACGACCCGCAGACAGUCAUGGGUUUGUCCAACCACUUGUAUACACCCUCCCAGGUGCUUUCUCGCAAAUACUCGUCAAUGCAUCUCUCCAACGUCUCCAACGUCGUGGAUGAGUUCCUCCAACGCCAAGCCCAAAACUCUCGACGAGAGGCUGCUCCUCCCACACCUCCUGCUACUGUUGUUAUGGAUGAGCGCAAGCCUGUCAACGGCGUGUAUGGUCCUCACACCCCUCAAAAGACGCAAUACGGCGCUGCUGUUGUACAAAACGGAUGCAUGACCCCACCCAUCACUCCCGAGAACGAACAGUUCGCGUAUGGCACCGUUCCCAAGUCUCAACCCAACGGUCAUGCGUACCCUACCACCCCGACCCCUGACCACCCUGCCAAUGUGCACCAGGCUCAGUACUACAACGCAUCCUAUGUACAACCACAGCAGUACUAA